GUUGCCGAGUCUCGAUUAAGAAAUAAAUUGAAAUUCUACAGAUUAUAUAAUAAUGAUAUGAUAUAUUAAAUAUAUAUGAAUAUGUUAUACUGAUAUACUAUAGUUACAAUAGUAGUUUUCUAGAUUCUAGACUCUAUAUCAUAUAUUUGUGAUAGAUUCAGAUAGAUGUAUUACUCACUGAUAGUGUUGAGUUGUUAAGAAAUAAGAUAAAGAUAAUAUUUAAUAUGGCUAUGGUAAAGCAGUAUGCUGUUCGUGAUACGCAUACAAGAUCAAUUACAGCUAUUGGUUAUAAUCCAACAAGAAGAGAAAUAGUUUUGGGUUUUGAAGAUGGUGUCAUCAAGUCAUGGGAGGCAGAAAGUGGCAAAUUAGUGCAAACAUUUAAUGAACACAAAGGUUGGAUUACAGAUUUCUUGUUCUGGAAUGACACAAAGUUACUUCUUUCUUCUGCCAAUGAUGCACACAUUAUUGUUUGGGGUGCUGGUGGAGGGGUUGUGGAUAAAGUUCCAAUGUCUGUCCCAGUUUAUUGCAUGACUGUUAGUUCCCGUAGGCAUCAGCUUAUCUGUGGUGUAAAUGGGGGUAUCAGAGUAUAUGCAAUAAAUGAAGAGAAAGAAAGUGGUCAUUAUAUAAAUCCUCAGUAUCUUCAUUUUUCUCAACAUCACACUGAUAUUGUUCGCUGUGUUCUUUGCCAUGAAUCUCGGAUAUAUUCUGCAGGAUAUGAUCAACGUCUUAUCAUUUAUGAUUCAUCAUACGCCGGAGAUAACAGUUUAACCAUUGUUUUUAACAAUGUAAUUCAUGAUGCUGGUAUAGCUUGUCUUGUUUUAGCCAAAGACAGUGAAAAUAACUUAUGGCUAUUGACUGGAUCAUUUGAUAAAACUCUCAAGAUUUGGUCUCUAGAUGGGAAGCUCAUUCACAAGCUAGACACAUUCCUUUCAACUGUUAGUGGCAUUUGCUACAUCCCAAGAAACAAAACCAUCUGGGCAGCAGGCGGUACACAGUAUGCCAGCAUGUUUGAUCCUAAAACUGGGGAUAAUGUUUCAGAUUUCAUAGGUACAUUUGCAGAUCAAGAGGAGGAUGAAAAAUACCAUUUACAGAUACUUAAAUUUUUCCCAGAAUUUAAUCAAGUUGUUGGCUCAAGCAAUCGACGUCAUUUUGUUGUAUGGAAGUAUAAUUCCUCAGGUUGUGUGACAACACUAACAAGUAAAUCUGGUAUUGAAAGCUUAUGUUACACAUCCAAAGUUCCAAUACUCUUUUUUAGCGGUGAUAGAGAUGGAACCAUUAUCAAAUGGGAAAGAAUGCAGUCAAAUCAUUUUAUGUACAGCAAAGAAAUAUUUACAUUAAGUGACUCCAAGAUGAAGAAGAAGAAACGUGCUGGUAGUAAGACCCGUGAACUUAUGCUUGAACAGGAAUUGGCCAGCCAGAGUAGUUCCAGGCCUAGCACCCAGUCAUCUGAGAAGUCAAGACGUCCACAGAGUAGCUAUUCCUUCAACAAAGCUAUGAUACCACCUGUCUCAAUACACAAACACCCAAAUACUACUAUCUUGAAAAUCAUUUUUGUUGAAAGUAUGGAUUAUAUAUUAGCUGCCUCUGAAGAUAGCAAUAUUUAUGUCUGGGGAUUUGACCAAGCAGCAGUUCAAGUGUUACAAAGUAUGAAGCCACAGGACCUUGACCUUUUAACCACUAAAUAUGCUGUUCUACUAGAUCCAGACUCCCCUUUGUUGCCUCAGAAUAGUUCAUUUUUAUCUGGUAAUGACUCAGUAACAAAUCGAGUAGCUGGAUUUAUUCUCAAGUAUGUGUUGUCUGAGCAUCUGAGCUGUGUAACAAGUGUUGUACUGAUUGGCAGAGAUCAGGGAGUGAAUGGAACUUUUGCUUUGAGUGGAGGCUGGGAUAGAAGAAUCUGUUUAUGGGAUCUGGAAGCUGGAAUGCUAAAAGAUACAUGCAGAUCUGAGUCCAGUUAUGGAUCCCAUAAUGAGCUUGCAUGUGAUGAUAUAAUUACUGAUAUGGACUUUAACCCAAAGAGCAUGGAAUUUGCCUACUCUUGUGCUGACAAAAUGGUUUACAUAAGAAAAUUUUCUACUAAUGGAUCCAAAAUGACAUUAUCCAACACUCUUCAAGGGCAUGAAGCUGAAGUCACCUGUGUCAAAUGGAAUAAUAUUAGCCACAAGUGGGUGACAGGUGCAGAGGAUGGCACUAUCAGAAUCUGGUCUGGACAUGGAAUGAAUGAAUGUGAACAAGUAUUAUCAACACAAGGAGCUGUCACAUGUUUGUGUAUUGAUCGUAACCAUGGCAGCAUUAUUGCUGGUGUUCAGCGGAUCAUAAAAGUCUAUGAUGCAGAUCAAUACAGACUGGUACAAACUAAUGUUGGUCAUACUGAUGCUGUCAGGUGUAUUAUACACAUUACAGAGAGAAAUCAAUAUGUUUCUUGUUCCUGGGAUGAGACAAUCAGAGUCUGGAACACAUGGAAGAUGCCAAGGCGAAGACAUCAACAGACUCCUCAAGGUAAAGACCAAAGGCAGGUGUCCAGGUCUAAUCAAAAUGAUCCCUAUCCAGAAAUCAAUGAAGAGUCCAAGAAAGAGGACAAAGAAAAUGGAGUUCAAGCAUAUGAUCAAGAGAAUGAUGAAGUCUUAACAAAAGAUGAUCAGGAUGUUGAUAGUGAAGAAGAUUUGGAAAUGGACAGCACAAGGGAUCAGGAAUAAUAACUUUAGAGCAGCUUUAAGAACUACUGACAAUUAGGGUUGCCUCCCUGUAUUUAAUGCUUGAACAAUAUAUGAAAAUAAUGUGUAGUUAAAAUUUCUUAUUGAGUAAUCUAUUGUUUAAAUGAAUUUAAUGUGAUUUCUAUAAAUAUAUUGUCAAUUACUUGCUCUGUGAUAUUUUUUAAUUUUUUAUACAAUUCACAUUCAUUAGACAUGUACAUCUUUUAUUUUAAUAUUUAGCUUCAAUGUUAGUAGACUCUCAAGCAGCAUUCUUUAUAAAUAUCUACAAAAUAUUUUUACAAAAUUGUAAAAUAUCUUGUUACUUUUCAUUAUGAGAUGUAAAUAUUUAUGCAAUAUCUUAUUAACUGAAAUUUACUGAUUAAACAAAAUGUAUAAUAUAUGAAUUGCUGUGUGGGACAAUACCUUGCUGACCAACAGUACCAAAACUUUAGUCUACUGGACCUGUGUGAUGAGCACUGUGCUAUACGGAAGUAAAACAUGGUCAACCUACUCAUGGCAGGAAAAAAAGCUAAAUACCUUCCAUCUCUAAUGCCUAAGGCAGAUCUUUAAAAUAAAGUGGCAAGAUGAAAUAAACAAUAAGGAAGUGCUGCAAAGAGCAGGGUGCCAGGACAUCAGCUCUGUUAUCAGCAGCAGACGCCUUGGCUGGCUUGGUCACAUUCAUAGAAUGCCACAAGGUUGACUUCCACAAGACAUUCUGUAUGGUGAUCUAACAGAAGGCAGAAAAUCUGCUGGUCAUCCUCUUUUAAGCAAACGUGACAUGAAGCUCUUCAAAAUUGACAUUUACAGUUGGUAAAAAUUGGCACUGGAUAGAUCCACAUGGAGAGCAAGCAUAAAGUGCCCCAGAUUGAAGAUGCCAUACACAAUAGUAGUAGAAAAAAGGGUGAAAGUGCAACAGCCCCUGGUGAUGCCCAACCUGUGACCGCAGCUGUGUAUCAAGGUUUGGCCUCAUUAGUCACUCAAGAAGUUGCAAAGGGAAAAAGUCACCUCUGAAGAGGUAAAAUGCCACAGAUUCUUAUGAAAUACUUAUUGCUGUCAAAACCUUUCUCAACUAGUUAGAUCAUGACAUUCUGUUGUUAGAUUCUAUUUGCUCUUUAUCUUGCUCAAUACUUUUUAUACAAAUAUUUUUCCUAUAACCAAUAGAAAAUCUUCAGGGCAUUUUUCAAAUGUUUAAAACAGAUCUAGCUUCAAUGUGAAUCAUUUUAUUUUAUUUUUUCACCCUUUUCAGAGUCAGGCUUUACUGCAGGGAAAGAUGUUAAUUUUAUAAGGCAUUUUGUGUGAAUCAUGAUAACAUGAUAGUUUUUAAAGUACAAAAGUGUUUAUCCAUUCAAAUACUUGUAUUAUGUUUGAUAGAAUGGCUUACAAACAGUUGAAAUGUAUAUAAGAGCCUAUUGUUAAUAGAGUUUUAUUUUGUUGAUCAUAAGACAUUUUCUGCUUCUAUAUUUUUAAAUUAAACAAUUAAGGUUAAAUUUAACAAUCUUAAAUUUAAUCAAAACUUAUGCUUGAUAUCUCCCAAAUUUCCCUUGGCCUCCUACUCUAAAGACCUUGUGAUUUUCUGUGACCAUAUGUACUUCAACUGUGAAUAGUUAAUUUAGAGCAAGCUGUUUGGUAGUAAGGAUUAAAAUAGAUUGUAUGACUGAUUUUGUAUAUAGUCUACUCCAUGACAAGAUAUCAUAAAAUACAUUUAAACAACUUAUCAAACCAGUGCUUAUAUAUUUUCUUACAAUAAACUGACUCUCAUUUUGAUGUCAUUGAUUCAGUGUUGAUUUAAGUAUAAUAAAUAAGUAUAAUAAAUGUAAUGGCUGCCUAGCUGUGUUGUAUGCACUUCGGACUGUCAUGGUUCGAAUCCUGAAUGCUUCUAUAUAUAUUAUUAAUUUUUAGUAGUUAAAAGUUAGGCAAUCAAUUACUGCAUGAGUACCGGCACCUAUUUUUUAAAUUUUUUUU